AUGGAGCUCGGGGGCCCGGGGGCGCCGCCGCCGCCGCUGCUGCCGCCGCUGCUGCUGCUUCUGGGGGUCGGCCUCCUGCCCGUGAGCAGCGAUGUGGAGACCCAGGCCCACGCCGAGGAGCGGCUGCUGAAAAAACUCUUCUCUGGCUACAACAAGUGGUCCCGGCCUGUGGCCAACAUCUCGGAUGUGGUCUUUGUCCACUUCGGCCUGUCCAUUGCACAGCUCAUUGACGUGGACGAGAAGAAUCAGAUGAUGACAACGAAUGUGUGGGUGAAGCAAGAGUGGCACGACUAUAAGUUGCGCUGGGACCCCGAGGACUACGAGAACGUGACCUCCAUCCGCAUCCCCUCUGAGCUCAUCUGGCGGCCGGACAUUGUCCUCUACAACAACGCGGACGGGGACUUUGCGGUCACCCACCUGACCAAGGCCCACCUCUUCCACGAUGGGCGGGUCCAGUGGACACCGCCGGCCAUCUACAAGAGCUCCUGCAGCAUCGAUGUCACCUUCUUCCCCUUCGACCAGCAGAACUGCACCAUGAAGUUUGGGUCCUGGACCUACGACAAGGCCAAGAUCGACCUGGUGAGCAUGCACAGCCGCGUGGACCAGCUGGACUUCUGGGAGAGCGGCGAGUGGGUCAUCGUGGACGCCGUGGGCACCUACAACACCAGGAAGUACGAGUGCUGCGCUGAGGUCUACCCGGACAUCACCUACGCCUUCGUCAUCCGGCGCCUGCCGCUCUUCUACACUAUCAACCUCAUCAUCCCCUGCCUGCUCAUCUCCUGCCUCACCGUGCUCGUCUUCUACCUGCCCUCCGAGUGCGGCGAGAAGAUCACGCUCUGCAUCUCCGUGCUGCUCUCGCUCACCGUCUUCCUGCUGCUCAUCACCGAGAUCAUCCCCUCCACCUCGCUGGUCAUCCCGCUCAUCGGGGAGUACCUGCUCUUCACCAUGAUCUUCGUCACGCUCUCCAUCAUCAUCACCGUCUUUGUCCUCAACGUCCACCACCGCUCGCCACGCACGCACACCAUGCCCGCCUGGGUCCGCCGGGUCUUCCUGGACGUCGUGCCGCGCCUGCUCUUCAUGAAGCGGCCGUCCGUGGUCAAGGACAACUGCAGGCGGCUUAUUGAGUCCAUGCAUAAGAUGGCCAGCACCCCACGCGUCUGGCCCGAGCCCGAGCCCGAGGGGGAGCCCAACUUCGUGAGCGGAGUCCGGAGCCAGGGUCCCUCACCCACCCCGUCCUUCUGUGGCCCCCUGGAUGAGACAGUCAAGCCCCAGCCUGCCUGCAAGUCACCCUCGGACCAGGUCCCCACUCUGCAGCCCUCAGAGACCGAGAAAGCCAGCGCCUGCCCCUCGCUGGCCCCAGGCCACCCACCUACUGGCACCCGGGCCCCAGGUCUUGCCAAAGCCAGGUCCCUGAGUGUCCAGCACAUGUCCAGCCCCAGCAAAGCAGAGGGCGGCGUCCGGUGCCGGUCUCAGAGCAUCCAGUACAGCAUUCCCCGAGAUGCUGCUGCCUCCGAGGCUGAGGACCCAGCGGCCAGCUCCUCCACUUCUCUGAAGGCCCCCUCGACCGAGCUCCCACCCCCAGACCAGGCCUCUCCGUGCAAAUGCAAGUGCAAGAAGGAGCCAGCCUUGGAGUCCCCAAACACCGCGCUCAAAGCACGCAGCACCAAAGGGCCGCCCCGGCAUGUGCCUCUGUCACCGGCCCUGACACGGGCAGUUGAGGGCGUCCAGUACAUCGCAGACCACCUCAAGGCAGAAGACACAGACUUCUCGGUGAAGGAGGAUUGGAAGUACGUGGCCAUGGUCAUCGACCGCAUCUUUCUCUGGGUGUUCAUCAUCGUCUGCCUGCUGGGGACCGCGGGCCUCUUCCUGCCGCCCUGGCUGGCUGGCAUGAUCUAG